AGGAAGUGAGAGAAUGCGAGUCAGCGACUGACUGAACAUUACUGAGGCAGUCAUCAUGGGGGAGUGGUCCUUACUGUCUGAUUUGUUGGACAAAGUGCAGUCCCACUCCACUGUAGGGGGGAAGGUCUGGAUGAGUGUUCUCUUCCUCUUCAGGAUCUUCAUCCUAGCUGCUGGCGUAGAUAAAAUAUGGGGCGACGAACAAGGCAACAUGGACUGUAACACCAAAAGCGUUGGCUGCAAGAACGCCUGCUACAAUCGACACUUCCCCCUGUCUCACACGCGCUACUGGGUCCUCCAGAUCCUCAUGGUCUCCACUCCAACCCUCGUGUACUUGGGCCAUGUCCUGCUGGUGAUUCGCGGAGAAAACAAGGCCAGGAGGCGCCUGGAGCAGAAACCUUAUAAAAACGGGGUGAGGAUCAAAGCUCCAAAGUAUUCAGAUGAACACGGCAGGGUGCAGCUGAAGGGCAUCCUGCUGGUCAGCUACCUGAUGCAAGUGCUGUUCAAGAUCUUGCUGGAAGUGGCGUUCAUCGUAGGCCAGUACUACCUCUACGGCUUCAUACUAAUGCCUCCUAAGAUCACGUUUUCAGAGCUCCCCUGCCCAUCCCAGGUGAACUGCUUCAUAAGUCGUCCCACAGAGAAAACCAUCUUCAUCGUCUUCAUGUUGACGAUGGCCGUCUUCUCGGUGAUCCUCAACAUCAUCGAGAUUUUCUACCUGAUGAUCUCAAAGGUGAGGGUGAGGAAAAGGAAGAGCAGUGGCUCAGAGGAGUACCAUCUCAAAAAAAUAACAGCCAACCCAAGUGAAGGAGCCACACCAUGUUGAGGGUCAGGGAGCUUUCUGAGACUUUACUUCAAUAGUGUUAAGACAUAAACACUGAAUUACUUCCAGUUUUACAUUAUGCAUAUUCUGCACCAACCGUCAUCCUUUUCUUAAUUCAAGCUUUUUAUUUUAUUUUCUGUUGCACAGAAAUAGUCGAUAUAAACAUGACAUUAUCUGAUUCAAGUAUAGGGAUGAUGUGUGCUGAAUGUUUAUUUUGCCUUGCCCAAAAAUCUCCAAUAUAUGGUAGUUUUAUCAAAAACUAAAAUGUAGCGAUAUACUCUGAACAUUGCCUAUGGUGUUCUCAGUGUAAUCUGUAACAUGUGUCCCGAUUUAUAGUCAAUGGCGCUAAAUGUUUACUUAAUGACAUCACAGAUUCCAAGUUUUUAGUUUUUGGGAUUUGACAGACUGUAAAUGUUUACUAGCUUUAGUGGCCUGUCUUAGACCAUAGCAAUAAACCGUAUGGAUUUUGAAAACAGGCAUAGUUCCUCUUGAAGUUGAGAGUUAACGGUUGUUCCCUGCAUCUUGUGCUAGACAUUAGUGUUUUUUCUUUUGGUCUUAUCCGAGUGCUUGGUAACAUCCAACAACAACAGAUGAAAAAACAUGAUUGGUAUUUGUCUCUGUAAAAUAAUUUGUGACAGAAACUUAAUUUCAUUUGGUUUAUGAAAUGACUAAUUUUAGAACAACACACAUUACCAAAACUUUGGCUCAGCAGAGUCUUUGCUGCAAUACUGUCAAUAAUAAUAUACUGUGCAAUUGUGGAUUGGUUGGUUUAUUGUGCUUCAACGUGAUCGAAUGGUUUUUUUUAUUAUAAUUAUGUUGUGUCCCUUUUGUGUAUGUUUUUCUUUAUUUGUUAUUGUUUAAUUAAAUCCUUUUUACCCAGUGUGAUAAUAAACUUCUGAAUCUCUGA